GAGGGGGGUUGGUCCUGGAGAGCAUGGCUGCAGGAUCCAGAGAGCUGCAGACUUGGUUUGGUUCUUCCUCCACAUUGAGAACAGCCGCUCCUUCUGGUGCGCUCUCCUCUCGGUGAUGUUGCGGAGCCGCUCGAGGAGAGAGGUUUGAUUCACUGCGUGCGUUGUUGUUGUUCUACAAGGCAGAAGAAGAAGAAGAAGAAGAAGAAGCGCGCAGAGCAGCUGCGGACUCAGCCGCAGCAUUUCAGUCUUUUCUCUGCUUGUUCUUCUUGUUGGUUGAUCCGCACCGAACAGGAGGAGAAGAGAUCCUGGAGCUGGAGAGGCACAAGGACUGCGCUCCUGCUUCUCUUUAUCUUUUUUCUUAUUGUGGAACAUUCAUUCUCUAGUUUUAUAGAUUUUUUUUUCUUCCCACUGCGUAUAUCUCCUCUCUCUCUGAGGCGAGUUGGAGAAACUGUGCGCAGAGUUGCAGAUUGCAGAAACAUUGUGGAUUUUGAACUGCUUUUUCAUUCCGUGUGAGCGUUUUGUUUGGUGCAAAGUCAUUGAUCUGACUGUCAAGCAAAGACAUUUUAAAGUCCUAAACAACCGAGGAGGGAGCUACACAUCAUCUGUGCGGGAAUAAAAAAAAAAAACGCGCGACUCUUUUCACCAGCACAUCCACAUCAAGAAUCCUUCAACCAAGAGGAAACAGAGAGGGACUGUAAAGCAACAAAUAUGCCGCAGGUGGAAAUGCUCCUCUUCCUCAUCCUCAUCAUUGUGAUGUGUGUGUACGGCCAGGAUCCGGCGUCCAAGGUGGUGUCCGACCGCUACGCCGUCUACUGGAACCGGACCAACCCAAAGUUUUACCGGAGCGAUUACCACAUCGACGUCUGCAUCAACGACUACCUUGACGUCUACUGUCCGCACUACGUCGGCCCGGUCUCUGACGAUCGGGCCGAGCGCUACAUCCUCUACAUGGUGAACUACGACGGCUACAGCUCCUGCGACCACACCGCCAAGGGCUUCAAACGCUGGGAGUGCAACAGACCUCUGUCGCCGAACGGACCGCUGAAGUUCUCAGAGAAGUUCCAGCUCUUUACUCCCUUCUCCUUAGGCUUUGAGUUUCGCCCUGGCAGAGAGUAUUAUUAUAUCUCCUCCAUCACCGAUGAAAAGGGAAGAAGGAGCUGCCUUCGACUCAAAGUCUACGUCAGGCCUCAAAACAAUUGUGUGAAAAACUCUGGGACCGUGCAGGAAGGGGUCGAUUUUGACGACAACAGUCAAAACUCCCUAGAACCCAGAGACGGCAUCGGUCACGAGUCGCCAGAGCCGGCUCGGAGGGACGUGAACUCCGUCGGUCGGCGCCAGACUUCAGUCCUCCUGCUCAGCUCCGCCCUCAUACUCCUGGCUGCCAUCCUAUCUUUAUAGCGCCCAGUCUGAGGAUUCCCCCAGGAAUGGACUGUCCUGAUUGGACCACAGGCCGCCCUCCCCUACAAUCCCUCCCCCUCAAGGAGCACUUUUUUUAAAAAUAAAAUAAAAAAAACGCUGACAAUCUCUCCAGAUGAAAAGAGAGAGGAAGGGACUUCGACGCCGAAGCCUUCGUUGUUUUGUGACUUGCCAACUAUAGAGUGACUUUCUGGUGGGUGCCGAUGGUCGAGGCGCCCCGAGGUGAAAGAGGUGUAGUCUCUCACCCUGUUCGCCUCGCUACCGUUCACAGUAUGCAGAUAUUAAAGACAAGCACACAUACAUGCUUUUCAAACACAUGCAGAACACAAACUACACAAUCAGUACACUCUUCAGCUUGAAUGGCAAAGAAGCACAGCAGGAUCCCUCAAAAGUUUACAGACUUUUUACAUUUUUUUUUUUUAUGUUCAGGAAAACAUCACGUAACCCCCCGACAUGUAACAUGAUUAUAUCUCACAUCAAAGUGGUUAGAAGAUCCGGGAGCGACGCAUCGCGUACAGGCUAACGGAAAGGAAUUCGAAAAGGAUGUUGUCGCUAGGAGACGGUUGCCAAGGGCGUUGGCCUUGGACUUAACCAUCCUCUCAGGAUAAAAAGGAGUCGGAUGCAUCGUCUCAGACUGUGGAGGACCCUUGUUGAGAGUAACACAAAUUUGAAGAGGCACUCAUCUUUUAGUGUUUGGAUAGGGCCGAUUUAAUGAUCGAUUAAUGUGUUUGUUUUUUUAAUAAGUCACCUAAUUCAAUUGUAGCAGCCAACACGGGUGUACAGUAAACUAUUUGAACUGAGCGUAGAAGUGGAUAUGGUAAUUUUGCCAGGCAAAAUGUAUUUUCCUAUUUAUUGUGUGAAGUCCUCGUGCUUUUUUCUGUUCUGGUUUUAGUACAGUAGAAAGGCAAUAAAAAAACAAUACACUUACCCAUUAAGUUAGUUCAUAUUACACCGUCUUUUCGAUACAAUCAUACAAAAACACCAGCCUGUUCGCACGAAAAGAUGUAUAAAUGCCACAAUAAUGUGCAAAGCGUUUAGCAUGCAAUGUUCUUGAUUUCAGCGUGUCAUUUGUACGCCGUGUAUCCUGUACUGACUGCAAUGUAAACGCAUCCGCAUAUAAAUUCUACAGUAAGAGUUAGUGGCGUAAUAUAAACAGCAAGAAAGACCACUUACGGUGGGCGGACCUUU